UAUACAACAAAUAAUGGGCUGUAUAAAGCCUAGCGUGAUAUUCUUUUUGGGCCUACCAGAAACUUCUAUCAUUUAUAUACUUCGAUUCUCCUCAAAAUCAAUCAAACCUCAAAUCUGCAGAAUCGAAGUUCGUCAAUCUCUUUUACACUCUCAAAUUAGGGACUGGCUUGUAGAAAUGCAGGGAGGUAGAGACCCUUUUGGUGGUUUUGGUGGAUUUGGACGUCAAAGGAGUAUGAUUUCUGAGUUUUUUGGGGGAAGGGAUCCAUUUGAUGAUCCCUUUUUCAGGAGCCCGUUUGGGGGAAUGUUUGAGUCGAGCCCUUUUGGCUCUAAUGGAGGUCCAUUUAUGAAUCUCCAUAAUGGAGGUCCAUUUAUGAAUCUCCAUACUUCUGGAUUCCUCCAACACCAGCCACCCAGCCUACCCCGUCAGCCUAACCUGACAAAGGGACCAGCGAUGUCGAGGGGACCGGUGAUUGAGGAGCUGAAUUCCGACGAUGAAGAGGAUGAGAAGGAGAGUGGAGAUAUGAAGAAAGAGAAUCCUAGAAAACAUGGAAGAUCAAGCAAGGAGCCCAUUGUGAAGGACCCUGAUGACGAAGCUACUGAGAAAAAGAGCAAGCAUCUUGCUCACUGGAAUGAUAUGAACCAGAUGCAACAUGGAAGGAUGCAGCCUGGAGUGAAUAGCUUCACUUUUCAAAGCUCCAGUGUUUCUUAUGGCGGUGCUAAUGGUGCAUUCUACACCACAUCUAGUACUAGGAGAACAGGGAGUGAUGGAUUGACCUAUGAGGAAUUCAAAGAAGCCGAUUCAUCAACUCGUCAAGCAACUCAUAGAGUCGGAAGGGCCAUCCACGACAAGGGUCAUUCUGUCACCCGGAAACUGAAAUCAGAUGGACAUGUGGAUACAAUGCAGACUCUGCACAAUAUUAAUCAAGAUGAACUACCUCGUUUUGAGGAAGCAUGGAAAGGAAAUGCCAAAAUGCAUCUCCCUGGAUGGAGUAAGGAAUCUGCUAGUCGAGAUGCUAUGCGGUCUGCAAGAAUCGGUGAUAGAGGGGGCUGGGCACUUCCUAGCAUUGGGAGUUUGAACAAUGCAGGAAGCACGAAAACAGCUGCAGGAGGACUCCCACAGCAUUCAGGAAGAGCAAAACCUGAUGUUGGUAACGGAUCCGGCUCCUCAUCACGUGUUAGAACACACAGAGCUGGCAGUGGUCAUCAAAACAACAAGCACUACUAAUUUCAGCGGUCCAGUUUCUCACACAGAUGGGGCGAUGGAGGUUUCUGGGUCUUGAGAGUUGAGCUACGUUAGUGAUUUAUGUGUACUAGAAGUAUUGUAUAUGAGAUGUUAUAAGUUGAAUUUAGCAUAUCUGUAAUGGCAGAAUUUGAUGGCACGUAGCUGUAAUGGGUUAAUUCUCUUUGUGAAUUAUGCAUGUGUAUGAAUGGAUGGAGCUGUUCGGACUUC